AUGGCUUCGCUCUUCCAGCACUUGCGGGUCCUGCUGUGGAAGAACUGGCUGAGUGUCAGGAGGCAACCGCUCUGGUCACUGACAUUAAUCGCCUGGCCAGCAAUCACAUUCAUCCUAGUGGCCAUUAUUCGACUCAGUUUCCCCCCAGAAGCUCAGCCAAAUUGUUACCUUGCCCCCCGGAAUCUUCCUAGUGCUGGUUUCUUCCCAUUUCUCCAAACUGUGCUCUGUAAUUCAGAUGCUGUGUGCAAAGCCUCACCAUAUACACCAGAAGACCUCCUGCCAAAGCUGAAUGGUCUUUCACCCAUACGCCGAAAGCGGAGAAGAGCGGCUAAUCCGGAGAGGGGCAGCAAUCUGCCAUCCCAGAGGGCUGAUGCUACCAAAAGCAGAAAUGUUUCUUUGGAGCUGAUUGAUUCAAUAGCCAGUCUGAAAAGCGCCAUGGAAAACAUUCCAUCAUCCAGCCACGGCAGAACCCCCUGGCUCGGAAAGAUUCUCAGCCCGGGAGAGAUGCCCGUGCAAACAUCAACCGUGGCUAAUCUUAAAGCUGGUAUCUGUGACGUCUUGUCAGCGUCUGCCUCUUCUCAGAACCCCCUCUGGGAAGCCAUGGGAGCAAAUGUCUACCAGACGUUUUGCUUCACUGAGUUGUCUCUUGUGGAGUCCUUUUUCCGAGAAUUCAGAAGUCAGAUUUCUAAGUUGCAGGACGAUCCUCAGUACCAGGUCACCUUUGUCAGGGAAACGGUCUCUUUCCUGUCGCUCCUCUCCCAACUGCAGAACGAAACGUCCGUGUGGCGCCUCCUGCUGCUGGCCCCGGAUAUCACUCGAGGGGUCAUCCGAGUGAAGGGGAUGGUGGCUGCCCUUCAGAACACAAGCAGCAAAAUAAUAUCUCCAGAGUUUGCUGGUGCUGAUUUCAAAAUGGAGAAUAUGUCAAAGGAUUUAGAAGCUAUUAAAAAGUCUCUGCAUCUUUUCAAAGAUUUACAAGAAGGUGACAGCACUACUGAACUGAAAAACCUAAAGUCGUUUGAUCUAUUUGAUAAUAAGACUAUGCUGAGAUUGAUUGAAAUCCUUUCAUGGCAAUCGAGGGGAGAAAAACACAAUGCGUUAAGGGACCUAUUAAGUAAUGAAGACUUCUAUGAAGGCUACAAUUUUACAUCGCUGCUGCUUCAGACUGGCUUCAACAGGUCAUCCUUAUUCCAAAUGAUGACUCACUUGAAAGAAAUCCAAAAUAUCUACAACUUAACCAGAAAUAUUUGGGACCUAGUAUUUUCAAACAAGACUAAUUUUAAGGCCACAAAAUUAUGGCAAACCAUGAAAAUGAUAACUUCUCACAAAUUUCUUUACAUGCCUGAGAAAGUUAAGAGAUACUUAACUGCAGUUCAAGAGGUGCCCUCACUGUUUGCAAAUUCUGUACUUAAGCCUACAACUAUUGAAAACUUUCCUGAGAAGAUCCUUGCUCUGCAGAAAAUCUUUGAUAUUGUAGCAAAUGUUAAUGCGAGUCACGGUUACCUAUUGAUCUCCUCAUUAACAGACAUGAUGCAGAAAAUCCAAAAUUCCAUCGAUGCCUAUCAGUGGAAUGAAUUAAAUACCUAUUGGCAUAUUGGUGAAAAAUUAAGAGCUGCCAAAUGGAACAAUACAGACAUCGUUGCUUAUGGGCAGUUUCUAGAUAUACUCCACAAGAGUCUGUACAUUCAUCGCGAUGGUUCUGCCCUUUUUAAUGAAGGACUGGAGCAACUGACUGCACUGGCGAACCGUUUACUAGAAGACUACGGCGUAGAAGGCGUAGAUGAGGGAAAUAUCUCAGUGGUUUUAGACACCAUCGUGAAAACCCUACAUGUGUUAGAAGACCUGGAGGAAAAGUACACUAGUGAAUUGAUCACUAUGAAUCCACUAGUGAAUGCUGAUGGUGAUAAUGAAACUAUCCAAAGAUUGUUUGAAAUAUUCAAAGAAGGAGUCGAUAUACUUUCUGAUCCAAGAUUGUUGGAAGCAUCCAGUAUUAAAAAAAUGGACAACCUCUUCAGUUUUUCACGCUUGUUAAAUCUGCAGGAUGUGUACAGGACUCCAGGAAGGCAUAAUGCAUCAGCGGAGGGAGAAGUGUUAGAACUCUGGUAUUUAACCUUGAGCCCUUUUGUAGGGGAAGAUAUUCAGGAUAAUGAAAGGCUGCUGAACUGCACCGUCAAAGACCUCCAUCGUAUUACCGUUGAAGUCUUGUUUAGAGACACCACACUAAAUGAGGCCCUGGCAGAAAGCGACUGCCGCUUCCUUUUUACUUCCAUGAACACAGAAAACAGGACAGGGAUCAACAAUCAAACAUUUACUGACGUGUUUCAGCUUGUGCUACAAAACUUAAAAUCACUACCAACUCUUGCUGCCCUCCAGAAAAGCAAAUAUUUUUCAGAUGAAUUUCAGUGCUUUGUCAAAUCACUAGAGUUAUCAUCAGAGUUUCUUUCCAAAUUGGAUACGUUUAAUGACUACAAGCAUCCAUGGAUACAAAAGAUGCAUAAAAGUCUAACAACCGUCUCAAGCAAACUCUUCCAGAGUAAUCAGUCCUGCCAAAUGCCAUCAUUUGGCAAUAUGGCGGUUGUAAACAAAUCUUUGGCAUUUCAGUUCUUGAUUCCUUUUGUGAUGAAUGAUACAGAAACUUAUUCACAACAUUUAUCUGUCAGUCCGUCCAUCCGGGAGCAAGCGCUUGCGUUUUUUAUGUCACUGCUCAAUGAAUCUGACAAGAAUACUAGUAUGUCAAAGAUGUUAGAAAACUGGGGAAAAGCUGUCAGCCACCCACAAUGGAAGAAUUUAUCAGCUGUCUUGAGUAAGGCUGCAAAUAUAUUGAACACCACACAAAAAGUGACAGAUGUGCCCCUCCUGGAAAGUAUUAGAAAAGCUCUAAUGCUUGUCGGCACAGGAUUACCUCCAAAUUCAGCUGAUACUCAUCGAAUCUUUGAAAUCCUGAACAGGGGAGUGAAUGCUUCCUAUUUUGAAGAUAUGCUUAAUUCAUUAAAAUUGUCCAACAUAACCUCCGAGACAGAUUACAGAACUUACUUAGAAAGACAUUUUAAUACUUGGUCUCCAAAUGCUCUUGUCCUUGCUCAAAGGCUUUUCUACCUUAACCCUCAGUGGGAAGACACCAAAAAGGCAUUAAAUUUAACUAGGAUGAUUUGGAAUAAGUUGUUUUUAAAUGAGACCAGCUUUAAUUUAGCAGUGAUAUGGGAAACAGUCAAAAAGGUGAUGUCUGAUACAAUUUCUCUGUCUCCCACGGACACAAGACAUGACCUCCACUCAACCCAGAAAGCCUCAUUGCUGCUUUCAAAUUUUAUGCUUAAAUCUAAUGCCACAAAAAACAUUCUGGAGCAAAUUUUAUCACUUCAGCAUGUCUACAACUUUACAGCAAAUGUCGACAUGAAUAAAAACUACCCGUUCGUUGUUCAUCUCUCAGAAAUAAUGCAGAGAAUCCAAAGCAUGAUAAAUAAACUGUGGUGGGAUGAGCUGAGUGACCUUGAACGUAAACUGAAAUCCAUGAAACUGAAUAGUUCAGUUCCAGAUGCAGACAGACAUUUUUUGAAAAUUCUGCACAAUCACUUAUUUACACAGCAUAAUGCUUCUGAUCUUCAUUCCCGUCUAGAGCUGUUUACUAGUCUUUUAUCCCAUGUAUCAAACCUCCAAAAUAAGAACAUCUCAGAAGCAUUAACCACUGUCCUCGGGAAUCUGUUCUUUCAGGAAAACUUUGAACACCGAUUCAACAUCAGCCAAUUAGAAACACUGAUGAAUGAAAGUAAUAAAACCCUCCAGACAAUAUAUGACACAUGGAAGAGAGGGACCAUAAUGCUGUCUGACAGCAAACUGGAAGAAGCAACUGAUAAAGAAAGAAUUGCCGCCCUGUAUGACUUUUCGCACUUUCUGUUUCAAAGAGAGUUCAACCAGUCUUUGUUGGGGCCCAGGGAUUCUUCGGAAGCAAAAGUAGUGGACAUCUUGCAUUUAUCUCUGAGCCCUUUCUUAGAUAUGAGGAACCACAGUGGAAAGCUAAAGAGCUGCACCGCCAAGGAUGUCAUCCACAUAAUACUUCAGAUGCUGCUUAAAAAUGCCACACUUCACGAGUCCUUCAAACAAAGCCAUUGUGAAGCCCUUUUCACUUCCAGGAAUUCUGAAAACAGAACAAAGCCUAAUCAAACAUUGACUGAAGCGUUCAACUUCUCAAUAAGAAAUUUAAAGCUGAGUCCAGAGUCAGCAAAUCUUUACAAAAGCCGUGAUAUUUCUAGCACAUUGUUAUGUGUCAUUAGAUCACUACAGUUUUCUUCAGGCUUGCUUUCAAAAAUGGACAUCCUUUUUAAUUCUAAAAAUCCUUGGAUACAACAAACUUAUAAGUCUUUAGCAGCCAUCGUGAAAGCAGCGCCCCAAAAUAAUUCAGCAUGCUUAAUCCCGGUCCUUGAUGGAAUGAAUGAUGUAGUCAAUUAUUAUCCUUUAAACAUUGUUUCUUCUUUCCUUGCAAAUGGAACAGACUUUCAUUCACAAAAUUUUACUGAUAGGCUAGUGGAUGGGAAUACAUUGUCCUUGUUCUUUAAGUUCUUGGAGGAUAAUGUCCACCAGUCUGCUGACAUGAACGAAUCUCUGCAGAUGGCCGAUGAUGUCUCUAGCCUUUCUGGAGCAAACCGUUUUUCACAAAUCUGGAACUUGGUCUCCAAAUGGAACCUCACUGAAAUGGAGUAUGCAAAACAUGGUAUGAAAUGGAUGGACAGGGAUCUCACCCACAGCGUGUUGAAUCCUGCUAUAUUGGAGGCCAGCAUUUAUAGUCUCAAAAACGUGAUGUUUUCAUCUUUGUUGAAGAAGCUGCAAACAGACCAUGAUCCAAAUUUUCAUUCAAACAGACCAAAUAUGGAAUAUGUAUUUGAGCACAUUACAUACCCUUUUGUCAUGAUCACUGAAAUGCUUCUCCAAAAAACCUUACUCCAGAAUGAGUUGGGGAAAACAUCAUCUCCAAACAAGCUGAUAGCACAGUUUUUGUUUUCAGAGUUUGAAAAUAUGUUCUUAAAAAUGCUGCCCGAUAAUGGCUUUCGAUCACACAUGCUUUGCCUGAUAAACAUGACUGAAAAUCUAGACGGUGAAUUAUCAGAAGAUGCCGCUGUCCCUCUGAACACAGAACCACUGAAGCAGAUCCUUUCCGCCCACCCGGAUAUCUACAAGGAACAUUCAUCCAUUCCAGAAAUCCUGAUGUUCAGACUUUCCCGUCUCCAGAACCUGACGUUGGCGCUUUGUGACCCUGAGCAGCUCAGGGCAGCGCAGCAAGCUUGCCAGCUCCCCGUGGUCAGCUUUGAGGACACUUGCAAACAGAGCGAGUUACACACAAAGCUUCUCCAUGGUGUCACACUAGGUGAUCAUCUUGUGACCAGCCUAUUGAAUCGAAGAAGUGUGCCGGGAGAACUUCGGGAAAUACUGAUUGGAGACCCCUCAAAACUCCAGCAGGAAAUUAACUGGUUUCGAGAAAACGUGCCGCAGUUUCAUUAUAUCCGAGAUAUCCCUCAAUAUGUGGCUUCAGUGAAUUCUAUUGUGAAUCACACAAAGAAUGCAGCACAUUCCGAGAAACAAGACACGAUGAUAGAUCUGUUCAGAAAUGUUGACUACCUCAAGGAGGAUCUCAGGAAUGUGGUAGGAAUGUCAACGGAAAGUGUCGAUGCUCUUUUGGAAAUGCCUCUCCCAGAAAACAGAACAGAGCUCUUCUUUCAGAUGCUCCAGCUUGAGUCUUGUCAAUAUGGUGGUGCUGAUGCAAAGCUGGAGAUCGUAGCCAAGGAGUUCUGCAACCUGCCACUCACAGAACGGGUCCACAAAUCCUAUGUUUUGGGGGUCACACUUCUGCAUUACUUGGACGUGUACAACUUCAUGUACAAGAUGCUUUUCCCCAAGGAACUACAGUCUUCUCUGGAUAAGGUGUUUGGUCUUCUCCAAGAUUUGGAUCACUUCAAGAACCGGGUGGAAUCUGAUGUUCGCCCGCUCUUGGAUGCAAUUAAUUCCCUUAAAAAGCUGCGCCAGUCAAGAAAUGCUCCGCUUUCCAAGGCGCUGUUCAAGGCCGGCAACCUGACAAUGAACACAGGGUCGUUCCAAACCAUUUCCAAAACUCUCUGCAACCAGGAAGUCACCCCUCUGUUUUUUGAAUCCCUGCUUCCUGAUUUCGAAGAGCAGAACAUCCACCAUUCUUCCUCCGUACAAGAUGAGGGGGUGAAACAUACUAUGAAGAAAUACGGCAUCCCACAGGAUUCCACCCCCUUCUGCUUGUCAUUCUAUUUGGACCUGGUCAGGACACCUACGGGGGCAUUAAUUUGGUCUUUCCUCAAGCCCAUGCUGCUGGGGAAGAUUUUGUAUACACCGGACACCCCUGAAACACGAGCCAUCAUGGGAAAGUCUAAUUCAACUUUGAAGUUGAUGGCUGAUAUAGCACGUAAAUCCCAGGAGUGGCUGGACAAUUCACCACUACUCAUGAAUUCACUGUCCACAUUAGAUCAGACCAUUCCAGUACUGAAGACUACGUUGCGGAAUCCCUUUGUGCAAGUUUUCAUCAAACUCAUGGUGAGGCUGGACGCCGUCGAUCUUCUGGACCAAAUUAAUCGGCUGGAUGAUAUACGUUUGGAACUGCAAAAUAAUGCUGACAUCAUAAAUCAACUCGACACCUUGUCAAGACUAACAGUCAACGUUUCCUCCUGUGUGCUGUUUGAUCGCAUCAAACCUGAGAAGUCUGUAGACGAACUUGAGACGGCGGCAAAAGAACUGUUUUUGAAGAACGAGCUUUUUGCCAGUAUCAUUUUCAAGUUGCCCUCAGACAACGGAAAGGGGAACAGAACCGACCCUGGACGCCUUUCCCUUCCACCCUUGGUCAAUUAUACCAUUCGAAUGAGCAGUAAGAUUGCCCAAACAACCAAAAGGAUCCGAGAAAAAAUCUGGACGGUGGGUCCACAUAACUCAGCCUCCCAAAGCCAGAUCUACAGCCGGGCCUUUGUCUACAUCCAGGACAGCCUCGAAAGAGCCAUCAUUGAACUGCAGACGGGGAAACGGGCAGAAGACAUCGCCGUGCAAGUUCAGGCGACCCCCUACCCUUGCUACAGCAAAGAUAUGUUCCUGACCAGCGUGACCUACUCUCUCCCGUUUACCCUGAUGGCCGCUUGGGUGCUGUUCAUUGCAGCUUUUGUGAAGAAGCUUGUUCAAGAGAAAGACCUGAGGCUUUAUGAGUACAUGAAGAUGAUGGGUGUCAAUUCCAGCAGCCAUUUCUUCGCCUGGUUCCUGGAGUGCGCCUCCUUCCUCCUCAUCACGGUCACCUUCCUCAUCCUGAUCCUCAAGGUGGGCAACAUCCUGCCCCAGAGCAACGUGGCGAUCUUGUUCCUGUACCUCACCGACUACAGCUUCUCCAUCAUUGCCAUGUGCUACCUCAUCAGCGUCUUCUUCAACAACACCAAUAUCGCCGCUCUGGUUGGGAGCCUCGUCUACAUCCUGACCUUCUUCCCUUUCAUCGUGCUGCUAGUUGUUGAGAAUCACGUCAGCUUCUCCGUGAAGAGCCUGCUGAGCCUCUUGUCUCCAACGGCGUUCAGCUAUGCCAGCCAGUAUAUCGCCCGUUAUGAAGAGCAAGGCGUUGGUCUGCAGUGGGACAAUGUGUAUAAAUCACCCAUGACAGGAGACAACACGAACUUUGGCUGGAUGUGCUGGCUAAUUCUGAUAGAUUCCUUUAUUUAUUUCAUUCUGGGAUGGUACAUUAGGAAUGUUUUUCCAGGAAAAUAUGGCAUGGCGGCCCCAUGGUAUUUCCCACUCCUCCCGUCGUAUUGGGUAGAGCAGUACAGCUACAUCCCCCUGUGGGAUGGAAAGACAAAAGGCCUUCAGUUCACCAGCUUCUUCUGGAGGAAAGAGCCGGCGUUCCCUGAGAAGAUGUUUGUCCAGAGCGCCUUGCCUUCUAACCUCGAAGCAGAACCUACCAACUUAACGGUGGGAGUUUCUUUGCAUGGAAUAACAAAGGUUUAUGGAUCCAAAGCUGCCAUUCAGAACCUCAACCUGAAUUUUUAUGAAGGAAACAUCACUUCGUUGCUGGGUCAUAACGGAGCUGGAAAAACUACGACAAUAUCGAUUCUGACAGGCUUGUUCCCGGCUUCAUCAGGCACGAUCUUUGUUUAUGGCAAAGACAUCCGAACCGACCAGGACAUCAUCAGGAAGGACAUGGGGAUCUGCAUGCAGCACAACGUGCUCUUCAGCUACCUGACCACCAAGGAACACCUGCAGUUGUACGGCUACAUCAAAGUGCCUCACUGGAGCAAGCAAGAGCUGCAGGAAGAAGUGGAAAGGACCCUGAAGGACACUGGCUUAUACCUCCAUCGCCACAAGCUCGUGGGCUCCUUAUCGGGAGGGAUGAAAAGGAAGCUGUCAAUAUCCAUCGCCCUCCUUGGAGGGUCGAGGGUUGUGAUUCUGGACGAGCCGACCACGGGGGUUGAUCCGUGUUCAAGGAGGGGCAUUUGGGAGAUCAUAUCGAAGAACAGAAAAGGCAGAACGAUCAUCCUCUCCACCCACCAUUUGGACGAGGCGGAAGUCUUGAGUGACAGGAUCGCCUUCUUGGAGAACGGAGGGCUCAAGUGCUGCGGAUCCCCCUUCUACCUCAAGGAGACGUAUGGCAGCGGAUACCACCUGACGCUCACCAAGAAGAAGAGCUCAGCCUUUAGCCUGGCAGGAGAAUGCGACACCUCCGUCGUGACGGCCAUGAUCCAGUCGCACCUCCCAGCAGCCUACCUCAAGGAAGACAUCGGGGGAGAGCUGGUCUACGUGCUGCCCCCAUUCAACAGCCGAGUCUCUUCGGCCUACCAGUCCCUGCUGAAAAGCCUGGACAGCGGAGCCAGCGACCUCCACAUCGGCUGCUACGGGAUUUCAGACAGCACCGUGGAAGAGGUGUUUCUCAAUUUGACCAAAGACUUGUCAGAAGGCGAACAAGAGGAUCCAGAGCUGCCCCGAGAGGAACCCGGCUGCGCUCUGGAGAAUGAUGAGAUGUCCAUGAACUCCGACAACUUUACGGAAAGAGACGACCAGGCCUUGGUCAAGUCCAAGAAGCCGAGCCACUUCCGCCUCUCGCUGAGGAAGGCGGCCGCCUUGUUCGUGAAGAGGUUCCACCACACCCGGCGCAACGUGAAGGGCUUCAUCGCUCAGGUCAUCCUCCCGGUGCUCUUUGUGACGGCCGCCAUGGGCCUUGGCACCCUCAGGACAGAGGUGGCCGAAUACCCGGCCCUCCACCUCUCCCCUUCCUUGUACGGCGACUCUGGCCAGGCGGACUUCUUUGGAAACUACAACGAGAGCACCGGGCCUUUGGUUGCUGCCUUGCUUGCUUUCCCUGGAGUGGACAACACGUGCCUGAACAGAAGCAACCCAGGGUGUUUCAAGGAAGACGUGCCUGGGGAGUGGCUCUCCGGUGGGAACCAGAGCGCCCAGUAUUCCACCUGCAAUUGCACAGAGAACCAACAGAUCUGCCCCAAAGUUGAUUUUUCUCCUCCUCACAAAAGAACUUUCUCAUCCCGGACAGUUUACAACCUAACUGGCCACGAUGUAGAGGCAUACCUUCUAAUAACUGCCAAGGACUUUGUGCAGAAGAGGUAUGGUGGUUGGAGUUUUGGGAUGCCUUUGACAAGCGACCUCCAGUUCGAUAUCAACCCUGUGCCGGCUAACAGAACACUCACUAAGGUCUGGUAUAAUCCAGAAGGAUACCACAGCCUCCCAGCCUUCCUGAACAGCUUGAAUAACUUCAUACUCCGAGCAAACUUGCCGAAGGAGAAGUCCUCCACCUACGGUAUUGCUGUCGUUGCUCAUCCGUAUCCUGGAGGAGAGAGUCAGGAACAAGUCAUGCUGAGUAGUCUACUGGAUAUCAUCGUCUCCAUGUCUGUCCUGAUCGGCUACUCCAUCACGACAGCCAGCUUCGUGCUCUACGUGGUGAAGGAGCACCAGAACAAGGCCAAACAGCUGCAGCACAUCUCGGGCCUCGGGGUGACCAGCUACUGGGUGACCAACUUCAUCUAUGACCUCGUUUAUUUUAUGGUACCUAUUGCGCUCUCCAUUGGAGUAAUUUCAGCUUUCCAGAUUCCAGCUUUCUUCAACGACAAUAACCUGUUGGCCGUGUUCCUUCUUCUGUUCCUCUUCGGAUACGCAACAUUUUCGUGGAUGUAUUUGCUGGCCGGGAUCUUCAAGGAAACCGGGAUGGCCUUCAUCGUUUAUGUCUGCAUCAACUUGUUCUUUGGCAUCAACACCAUUAUCACUCACUCCGUGGUGUUUCUGCUUUCCCAAGAAAAGGCCACGGAUCAGGGCUUGCACGACCUCGCUGAGACCCUGAGACACGUUUUCCUGAUGUUUCCACAAUUCUGCUUUGGGAACGGUUUGAUCGAGCUGUCGCAGCACCAGGCCCUGAUGGGGUUCCUCAAAGCUUACGGGGUGGUUUACCCAGACAAGACCUUUGAGUUGGACAGGAUCAGCUCCAAGCUGCUGGGACUUUUCCUCCAGGGGACCUUGUUCUUCUCAAUCCGCCUCUUGGUCGAUGAUGGAACAAUCCAGAAAGUCUGGUAUAAAAUAUUAGAAUUCUUCUACGACAAAGCUCACGGCAAACUGCCACUCCAGCCGGAGGGUGCUGAGGAGGAGGAGGACAAGGACGUCCUGGCUGAAAGCGAGCGCGUGGCAGCCGGCAGAGCAGACUGCGACAUGCUGCAGCUCCAGAACCUCACCAAGAUCUACCAUCUCCCCCAUCGAAGGAUCGUGGCCGUCCGCAACGUCAGCAUUGGGAUCCCAGCAGGAGAGUGCUUCGGCCUGCUUGGUGUGAAUGGGGCUGGAAAAACCACCAUCUUCAAAAUGCUGACAGGGGACAUCGGGCCGUCUCAUGGGAGGCUGCUGGUCCGAGAUGAAUACGGGUCCUUGAAUGAGGUUGACGAUGCUCACUGGUCACUGUUUGGCUACUGUCCUCAAGAAGACGCCCUCGAUGAUCUCUUGACAGUGGAGGAGCACAUGUAUUACUAUGCUCGGUUGCACGGCAUCCCAGAGAAACAGAUUAAAGGGAUUGUCCUUCAGCUUCUUUAUCGACUUAAUCUGAUGACUUACAGAGAGAGAAUCACAUCGAUGUGCAGCUAUGGGACCAACAGGAAGUUAUCAACUGCUCUGGCCCUUCUUGGGAAACCAUCAGUUCUACUGCUGGAUGAGCCGAGCUCUGGGAUGGAUCCCAACGCUAAGAGGCACUUGUGGAAAAUCAUCUCGGAGGAAGUGCAGAACCAGUGUUCAGUGAUCCUGACUUCUCACAGCAUGGAAGAAUGCGAGGCCCUCUGCACGCGCCUGGCCAUCAUGGUGAACGGACGCUUCCGGUGCCUGGGUUCGCUGCAGCAUAUCAAGAGCAGGUUUGGGAAAGGAUUCACUGUGAAGAUGCACUUGAAUAAUGGUGCUGCCAGCAUAGAGAAGCUCACGCAAUUUAUGCAGUCAAGCUUCCCAAAUACGCAUCUAAAGGACCAUCAACUGAACAUGGCAGAAUACCACAUCCCAGGGUCUGCUGGAGGGGUAGCAAAUAUAUUUCAGCUACUGGAAGCCAACAAAUCAGUCUUUAAAAUCAGGCACUUCUCAGUGAGCCAAACAACUCUGGAAGAGGUUUUCAUCAACUUUGCUAAACACCAGACUGGCGCUGAUAUUCUGGAAGAAAAUUCAGACCACUCUGAUUCAAGCAGCCAAGAUACUAAUAUCGCUCCUCUCUUUUAA